AUGCUUUCCGUGUGGUCCGCGAUGAACAAAGUGGUCGAGCAAGACGGCGACGCAACGGGAUGUCUUGGCUGCCGACAACAGCUUGAUCUCAUCCUCGGCCGUCUCGGUUUGCUUGAACCAGUCGACGAUAUCGACGAUGACGACGAUGCCAACGGUAACUGUCCCGCAUUUGCCUUGUCCUGUUGCUGCUUCUUCUUUUUGUUGUUCUUUUUUGAUGCUGUCGAUGAAGUCGACGAUGUCAAUCCAGUGCCCGACGAUCCUCCCAAUGUCGUAUUGAAUAUGGUUGUUGUUGAUGUCAAAGGUGUAGAUGUUGACGUUGACGAUGUUGAUGGUGCUGCUGCUGUUGCUGUUGCUGCCGAUGGUACUCCUCCAAGUGUUGUCAUGAUAACUUCCUCUCUCUCUCUCUUUUUUGAUAGAUUAAUAAUGAUCAGAUAG